AUGGUGCCAUAUGUCAGAUCUAGAACGAACUGGAGACACACAUCAGCAAGCCAGAGGACACAGCAAGCCUGCAGUCAGCAGCCUAUAUCUCUGCUCUGGGAGCGAGAUCCACGGCAGCUCCCGGGCUCUGCAGGAGGGAACGCCGGCACCGCGCUGCCGCCCGGGCUGCCAGCAGCAGGAACAGCAGCAGCUCCCGCUCCGCCCUCGCCCCGCCAGCAGACAGCCGCGGGCUGCAGCACACAGCCUGCGGGCAGGGAUGCGGCCCCGCACGGGCAGCAGAGCUCGAGCAGCGCCCGCCGGCCGGGCCCUCCCUUUGUGGGGCUGCGCCGGGCGGAGCGGAGCGGCUGCACCGCAGGCGGCCGCCUACCCAGAGCCCCGCCGACCCCGCGGGGCGCGCUGCGCUGCCCGGCUCUCCCGGCCCUGCCGCGGGGAGAACGCACCUGCACACCGCUCCGCUCUCGGGGCGCCCGAAGCCCGCAGCGGGAUGCAGCCAGCCUGCCGGAAACGCUUCCCAGCCUUACCCAGGAAACGAUUCCGGCCGCCGGCCGCCGCCGCCCCUCCUCUCCCUCCUCCCUGGCCGCCGCCCAGCUCCUCGGGCCGCAGGGGCCCGGGCAGGCGGAGCCGCCGCCAGAGGCGCCCGGGGUGGGGGCGGCGGCGCCAUGUUGGGUGCUCGAGGCUCCCACCUGCGGGGCUCCUCCUCGGGGUGCUCCCGGCCUCGGAGGAUGUACGGGGUCUGUUCCGAGCACGGAGAUGGCCAAGAGGGCCAGUCCUGAAGCUCCCUGCGCUAGCACGCUUGCAGUACAACAGGAUAGGGCUAUCCUUAACUAUGGUGGCUAUCCAAAGAAAACCUUCCAAAUAGUUCUAAAUAUCUGCAAUAGAAAUGUAUCACCAUGCUCAAUUCAGGAAGGACUGAUGACGUCCCGAGACACCCAAAGGUGACUCAUCAGAUUCCAGUGGCUGCAAAUCAGGGUGCUUUCCUCUUCAACAGAGCACAUCAUCCAGCAGGAGGGAAACCUUUUAUGCAAAGAGAAUUCGAAGGCAUACUGGAGCAGAACUCUCCUUGGAAUUUGCACUUCCUCUGUCGAAGAGAUGCAAGACAACUACUGAGUUGCCCAAGAUUAUUAUUGAAUACCCUGUUAAUAUGUUCUCCUGCAGCAGUGGCCAGGCAAGAUACUCAUAUAUUCAUGUUCCUUUGAUGAGAAGUGUAAAAGCACUGCACUGUGGUUUUUGUUACGUGGUUAAAGUCAUGAUUAACAGUUAGUUACAUGGUCCAUGUAAUGCACUUUGGUUUGCAAUGUAGUAAGCAGAGUCAUAAAAGUGGAGCAUUGAGGAAACUAAAUAACAAAUUUUGUAUGCCCCCUAAAUGGACAGCCGCUCAAUACACUCAGACUGUCAGAAACUCCAGGUGGAUAUGCUGCCUGCAUAGGCUCAGCCAGUCUCCUCAAGUAUAGAUCUCUUCUUUUACAGCAAGCUGAUGUGUUAACUUUCCAAGUUCAGUGGAAUGUGCCUGUAGUUGUGGGAAUUAAUUAAGGAAUUGAUACAGAGCAGUAAUUACUUCUGCACCUAUGCCAACCACCUAGUGAAACAACAUUUGUAAACAUAACAGAAAGAGGCCUUUCUAUAUUAUCAGUUCAUAACGAAAUAAUUUCAUCAUCAUCUUGCUGUUUCUGUGUUUGAUCUGUGACUGCAAAUUUAUUUUGGUCUAAGUCCAUCUGACUUUGCAACAAGGACUGACUGGCCAUAUGAGUUUCCACGGGCAAAUAGCAGUCUGCCACUGCCCUUCCUCUGUACAGCUCAGGUUUACAGACCUACGUUGAGACUGACUGUGCCUCUAAGCACUCUCUCAGGAGAAGCUAAUAGUUUCUUCCCAUCUUCUUUUAUAUACCAGCUUUUUACUUAAGGGUUAUUCCUUGUAGGGAGAUAGUUAAAGUAUAUGGUGAUCCGGCCUUUUCUCCCUGCAGAUGAGAGUAGAAAAAAGGUGAACACGGAAUAAACAAGACUACCAUCUAGCGGCUCAACUGCAGUUUAGAACCUACACCAUCAAAUAACCUUUUGCUGAAUAUAUUAUUCCUAAACCCAAGCCUAACAUGGAAAUUGAUGAGGAAAAUUGUGUUACAGUAGGUCAGUGAUUUUAUUUGGAACUGAUUCUUUAACAUUUUCACAUGGCUCAUAGUUACAUCAAGUCUCCCUCUUAAAAUAUGAAAUCAAAUGAUUUUCCACAAAUAAUGAACAACACCACACACAUGCAGCUAGAAGAUUCAAGCACUGCACUCGCAUUACGUUCUUUUCAUUGCAGGUUUGAACAUGCACUUUUUUUUAGAGAGGACAGAGAGUUCAGUUCCCCAGGCAUGCUGUUUGACUGAAAUGAUGUAUUUUUCUUGUUCUUUGGAGUUCUUGUGCCAUUAGUAUAGGAGAACUGGCUCAGGUUGCCCAGAGAGGCUGUGGGGUCUCCUCCUUGCUGAUCUCAAAGCCACCUGGACAUGGGCCUGCGCACCCUACUCUGGGUGUCGCUGCUUGAGCUGCGGGGUUGGACCAAAUGACCUCCAGAGGUUCCUGCCAACCUCAGUCAUGCUGUGAUUCUUCAUGGUGACUGCUCCUUGGGCAAGCAUACAGUGAAGGAUUAGUUCUGCCAUGGAGAAAGUUCUCUCCAUAUAGGGUUCUUCCUCAUGUCACUUACAGAGAAGCAAGGACAGCCAGACAUCAGAAGUUCACGUAAGAUUACUUCAAUAGUGAAAUAAAGCCGGGAAAUAAUCCAAGGCCUCCUGCAAUACUAGCAGGCCCCUCUCUCAUCCACUGCAUUAACUUUCUCAGACACAGUAUCACUGUCUUAAUGAAUGCUGUGCAAAUUCAGUCCAAGGCAAUUUGCAGACCAGCAAUUUGUGUUAUCUUGAUAUGUCAGGCACAGAAGAAUGAUAAUUUUCAAGUUUCUUUCUAGCUCUUCAAGCAUGCAAAGUCUUGCAUCCAGGAGCAGUUGUAAACUAAGAUGUAAAUGAUCUUUUAGACAUUUUGACUAGAUGUAAUUCUCCGACCCAUCCUUUCCCUGUCUGUUAUACAGCAGUAUUCUGAGAUUUCCUGAGGGUGGGGUGGAGGAAAGGUGGCCCACCCCACAGAAGGCUGGGGCAGCUCCUUUUUUUUUUUUUUAAUAAUUCCAGGUAAGUUCUGGAGAAAGGCAAGAAGGAUGACUUCUCUCCCAAAUGUUUGAAAUGAAGAACUAGAAGCCUUUCAACACAUCAAGUGAUCACUGCAGGAAAACUAUCCAUUUUGGACUUUUUUUCCAGCUAGAGCAGCCAAGCAAGGAAAAACUGUAAAAAAAAAUGCAGAGUUUCUAUAUCCUACAGCAGCUGCUUAGGCACUGGGAUAGAAGACAGUAGGUUCUUUCAAACCUGACUUUUUAGCAAGCUCCAUUUACAGUUUUAUGUGGCUCUGGCACACUAAAAAUACACAGAAGUCUUAAGAGAGAAACUAUAGGUAGUCAAAUAAAGAUAGUAGCUCCUACUUGAAAAGCUAAAA